GGUUUAUCAACGGGGAGGAUACCUGUUUGAUGAAGUGGCCGUCAGCGCUACGCGUAGUAUGCGGUACUUUGCUACUCCAUUUAUGGACACUACCGCAUGUCGGAGGUUUCGCGAGGGCCAGCUGGACUACUCAGCGCAAAGAGGAAGUAAGAAACGCGACCCGUGAACUCUGGUAUCAUGGAUUCAAUAGCUACAUGAGAUACGCGUUUCCGCUGGAUGAGCUCACCCCGUUGUCGUGUUCCGGAAGAGGUCCCGAUUGGACAGACCCCACGAAUAUCGCGUAUAACGACGUCGCUGGCAACUUCUCCUUGACCUUGAUUGAUGUCCUCGAUACGUUCGUAGUCCUGGGUGACCGUUCCGGCUUUGAACGGGCUGUGCGCGAUGUUAUAACCUGGGUUUCCUUUGACGUCAAUACGAAACCUCAGGUGUUCGAAACCAACAUCCGAGUACUUGGCGGCCUCCUUUCCGCGCACAUCUUUGCCAGCGAGCCAGACCAUAUUUUUUACCUACCGUGGUAUCAUGGCGAACUUCUCAAUAUGGCCUACGACCUUGGGAAUCGGUUGUUGAAGGCCUUCAUGUCACCGACAGGACUUCCAUUCGCCAGGGUGAAUCUACGGCAAGGGGUUCCGUUAGGAGAAACCUGGGAUACAUGUACAGCGGGAGCCGGAUCCCUCAUCAUGGAGUUUGGAACGCUAAGCCGUUUGACAAAUGACGAUCGAUUUGAGAAGGCGGCAUCCAAGGCCUUCUUUGCACUGUGGAACAGAAAGUCUGACAUAGGACUAGUCGGAAAUACCAUAAAUAUAUGGACCGGAAAAUGGACUCAUCCAGAAGUAACGGGAAUUGGCGCUGGAAUCGACUCCUUCUACGAAUAUGCCUUGAAAUGGUAUAUCAUGAGUGGUGAAGUCGAGUUCUUGGACGUUUGGCAAGAGUCCUAUGCUGCUAUCAUGCGCUACGCCAGGGCCGCGGAUGGCUUUUGGUUCCGAAGCGUCAACAUCAACACAGGCGAUAUCGCUUACUGGACAACAGACUCGUUAUCCGCUUUUUGGCCCGGUUUGCAGGUUUUGGCAGGCGACGUGCAGAACGCCAUCAAGUCGCACCUGAUGUAUUGGAAUAUGUGGAAACGACAUUCCGGUUUACCGGAAGUGUUUGAUACUGCCUUCCAAGUCGCUACCUCUUUCCAAUACCCAUUGAGGCCUGAAUUCAUUGAAUCUACUUGGUAUCUCUAUAGAGCAACUCGUGAUCCGUUUUACCUUGACGUCGGUGAACGCGUUUUGAUGGACAUUGCGACGAGGGCGAAGGUCGACUGUGGAUUGACUGGCAUACAGGACCUUAGAACAAACCAACGUGAUGACAGGAUGGAAUCCUUUGUAUUAUCCGAAACACUGAAAUAUUUAUACUUGCUCUUCGAUGAGGAUAACCCACUUCACGACGACGAUUCAAGCUACGCAUUCUCCACCGAAGGGCACAUUCUCAUGUUACCUCGUGACCGCAUCAAGCCUUUAUCACCUAUCCGGAGGAAGCUGCGUGGUGUAGAAAAUCUUCAAUGCCCUGCAUAUGAACCGCCGGUGCAUGAGUAUGAUCGCCCAGAUGCCACCACCGGACUGACAGCGGGGGUGAUGGACCGAACCGAUUUUGAAUACACACGAACGUUAGUGAGCGUAUCGCCGACGGAUUCGGAGGAGCAACGAUGGUCGCCAAGUGGCUGGUGUGAAGUGCCCAGAGUGGACCUAUUUUCAUACGACUUCGUGAUGUCGGUCAAUGGCAAACCAGCGCCAGAAGACCGCAGCCCAAACAUACAGAAGCUCACUCCCGUUGCCGAUGGAUACGUUGUUCACAAUGUGACCGGGAUACGCACCCAUAUCGUCUCUCGCCUGGAUGGCAAGGGGUAUGAUGUCACGAAGUUGGGUCCUCAUGCCGUUCGAAGCGGUCAGAUUGUAUACAUCAACGACUCGGCGUUGGUGCUAGCGCCCUACGACGGGCAGGGACCUAUCGACGAAGAUCGAGGUGCUAUUCGUGCGCUCUCGAUGCAAAUGCGGAUCUUCGUUCAUGACGUCGAUCCCAUGCUCGACUCCCAGGUGAGUCUGCGGGAACCAGCGGACGAGGAUCUCGUCGCAAUCGCGUAUUCUGCACUUUUUGGCGGGGAUCCGUCGAAGCCGCUGCGGGCCGAUCAAUCGCCUGUCCUUCGAUUUGGGCAUGGAGAAGGCAUGCCGCUUGUCCGAGACACCUCCAAUCGCUUCGGCUGUGCUCGAUAUACCCAAACUUACGAGGACGUGAUCAUUCUUCUGCACCGCGGAGAAUGCACCUUCUUGGAGAAGUUGGUGCAUGCGCGGGAUGCUGGGGCCGCUGGCGCCGUCGUCAUCAGCGACGACGACUUCCCGAUCAACCCGUCUGCAGGAGAAGAAGAUGUACAAGCUGCGGGCGCGUCGAUCAACGAGGUUGCUCUAGUGGUCGUAACGCGGUCUACGGGUAGUCUCAUCGAGUCUAUGAUGGAUCUCGUUGACAGGGGGGUGAGCGGUCAAGUGAUGCUCGCUGUAGAACCGGAGCCGCAGACGGCCACCAAGGCUCGCGAUCGACAAGCUCCUACACGAACAGAGGACGUCAGGAAACGGGACCCGCAGCAAAAUCUGUAUUUGAAUGGUCAUCCACUAGUCAAUACAAGACUGAUAGUAUAA